UGAAAAUCGAAGGCUCCUGAACCCUGAAGUCACUUAGAUCUUUCUGUCAUGUGGACCCUGCCGGUCAAGUCUCUGGAAGUCAGCACUUCCAGAUUUGAUACACAAAAUACUAUGUCCAAAAGGCAGCAACAACAAAAAUAUGUUCUUCCAUCAGAUAAAUAUGAGACAUAUAGAAAUGAAGAAUACAAUGAUGGUGAUAGCUCACCUCAAGGAAGAAAGAAAAUUUGGAGUUCAUUCCACGGUGACUUUUUCAAGAGGAACCCUCAUUAUGAAUGUGGUGGAUAUGAGCCUCAUCUUUCAUACCUCCAGGAGAAUGAUGGAAAUGUGUUGAUGAGAAAUGUCCAAGAGGACCCCAAAAUAAGACACACUCCCUAUAGCACCCGGCACAACAAGAGGAGAGUGAAAUGGCAAAAUGAAGGCCAUAUCCAUAUUACUGUGUGGAGAGACAGAAAAACUCUGAAGAGAGAAAUGGGGGUGAACGCACAAAAUGGAAACCCAGGGAAAUGGUUCAAGAUCAAUAUUCCCUAUGGGAAAAAGUAUGACAAGACAUGGCUAAUGAAUUCAAUCCAGAGCCAUUGCAGUGUCCCCUUCACUCCAGUCGAUUUUCACUACGUGAAAAACCAGGCUCGGUUCUUUGUCCAGGAUGUUGGCACUGCCUCUGCACUGAAGGAUGUCAGCUGCAAGAUUUAUGAUGAGGAGAACCGAAAGAUAUCUAUCUUUGUCAAUCCCUCCUCUGUACCCUACUCUGUGAGGUAUAAGUUGGAGCCAGAAGAAAUGGAGCAGCUAAAGCUGACCAUGAACAAACGCUAUGACGUCUCCCAGCAAGCUCUUGACCUCCAGUGUCUCCGCUUUGACCCAGACUUGGUAGGCCAUGAUAUAGAUAUAAUCCUGAACCGAAGAAACUGCAUGGCAGCCACCCUGCAGAUCAUUGAAGAGAAUUACCCUGAGCUAUUGUCCUUGAACUUGAGCAACAACAAACUGUAUGGGCUAGAUGGUCUGUCUGACAUUAUAGAGAUGGCCCCCACAGUCAAGAACCUGAACCUCUCCAAAAAUGAGCUGAACUUGCUGUGGGAGUUAAACAAGAUUAAAGGACUGGAGCUUGAAGAGCUUUGGCUAGAAGGAAACCCCUUGUGUGACACCUUUCCAGACGAGUCCACCUACAUAAGUGCCAUCAAGGACUGUUUUCCUAAGUUGUUACGCCUGGAUGGCCAGGAGUUAUCACCACCAGUUAUCACUGAUACUGACACACCCUGCUUGUUAAAGCCCUGCAAGGAAAGCUACAAAGGAUCUGAUGCCCUGAAGAGUCUAGUCCUGCAGUUCCUGCAGCAGUACUAUUUCAUCUAUGAUUUUGGAGACCGUCAGGGUCUCCUCGGUGCCUACCAUGAUGAGGCCUGCUUCUCCCUGGUCAUUCCAUUAAACCCCAAGGACCCAGGCCCAAGCAGUUUGUGGGAGUACUUCAAGGAAAGCAGGAAUAUGAAGAAGCCCAAGGACCCCUCCCUGUGUGUUCAGCCACUAAAUCACACAAAAUAUGACAUCGUGGGCUCCCUCUGUGUGCUGCCCAAAACACAGCACGAUCUCAGCUCCUUCUUGGUGGACAUGUGGUUCCAGACGGAAAGGAUGCUCUGUUUCACUGUCCAUGGGGUGUUCAAGGAAGUGGAGGGAAAGUCUCAGGGUUCUGUUCGCGCCUUCACCAGGACUUUCAUCACCAUCCCUGCCAGCAAUUCCAGUCUAUGCAUCGUGAAUGAUGAGCUGUUUGUGAGAGAUGCUACCCCCAGUGAGACUUGGAAUGCGUUCUCCUACCGAGAUCCUACACCAACUUCCAGCUCCAUGCCCACCGUCUCCCAGGAGCAGCAGGAAAUGGUUCAUGCUUUCUCCACUCAGUCUGGAAUGAAACUCGAGUGGUCUCAGAAGUGCCUUCAGGACAAUGAGUGGAACUAUGCCAGAGCUGGUCAGGUCUUCACUAUGCUCAAGAAUGAGGGCAAGAUCCCAGAGGAGGCUUUCAAGCAAACCACCUAAAAGAAGCCUUAGAUGUCCACGUCAUCACUGUUUCUCUUUUCUGCAGCCUAAGGCUAUACCCAUGACUGGGGAUGGAGGCCUGGCUGACCACGAAAUCAAAAUUACCUUACAGGCCAGGUAACAUAAGCACCUGAAGGAUCAGUUGUUCCAUGUACUUUCCUCACACAUGAUCGCUGUUUAUUUUCAUAAUAAAG